UGCGUCUCGGUGGCCGACAGCAGAUAGUUGGGUCUGGUAACACACUGCCAAGGGACGGGGAAGACCCGGUCCAUAGACCAAAGACCCGGUCCAUAGACUCGGUCCGUGGACGGUUUCCUGCUCAGGAGGAUCGCCUGUGAGCGGCAGGCGCCUCGGCGCUUAAAGGCCAUUUAAACGUGAGUAUGAAGCGAUCAUUCCGCACGCCGAUGGAAGCCCACCGCCUCCGCUGGAUCCUCACCGUGUAAACAACCGAGGCAGCAGCAGCACAUGUCCGGAGACACCAUGACCGCGGUCCGAGGUGCCCACCCCCACGCCCCCACCACCGGCUCCACGGCACCCCCCAAGGAGAACGGACACACGGCGGACCCCGGGUCGCCCGCCCCGACCUUCCCCACCCCGGCUCCCCCGGAGGAGGGCUCCGAGAGCGGCGACACCCCGACGUCCUCGGCAGGCGAGCUCACUCGGACAUGGGUCCAGUUCGCCAAGACCUUCGUGGUGAUCUUCCCCAUCUACGCUCUGGGAUACUUCGAGUUCAGCCUGAGCUGGCUCCUCAUCGGCCUCGUACUGUUCUUCUGCUGGCGGCGGAACGCGGGCGGGAAGAGCAGCCGGCUGAACCGAGCCCUUGCGUUCCUGGCCCACGAAGACCCCCCCAGACACACCCUCACAAGUUCGGAUCUACCGCCAUGGGUUCAUUUCCCAGACGUGGAGCGGGUGGAGUGGGUCAACAAGACGGUGGAACAGAUGUGGCCGUAUGUCGGUCAGUUUGUGGAGAAGUUGUUCCGGCAGACCAUCGAGCCGGCGGUGAGACAGACGCACGGACAACUGAGCUCCUUCUGCUUCACCACCAUCAACCUGGGAGACAAGCCCCUAAGGGUCAACGGGGUCAAAGUUUACAGCGAGAACGUCGACAAACACCAGAUCAUCAUGGACCUGCAGGUCAGCUUCGUGGGCAACACAGAGGUGGACGUGGAGGUGAAGAGGUUCUUCUGCAGAGCCGGCAUUAAGAGCAUACAGCUCCACGGAGUGCUGCGGGUGCUGAUGGAUCCGUUGCUAGGCGACAUGCCGCUGGUCGGAGCCCUGUCUCUCUUCUUCCUCAAGAAACCGCUCCUGGACAUCACCUGGACGGGCCUCACCAACAUCCUGGACAUACCGGGCCUCAGUGGUUUUUCAGAGAGCGUUAUUCAGGAUAUUAUCUUCAGUUACCUGGUCCUCCCCAAUCGCAUCACUAUCCCCCUGGUGGGCGACGUUGAGCUGACACAGCUACGGUACCCCAUGCCUAAGGGGGUUCUCCGAAUCCAUUUCCUUGAGGCCCAGGACCUUGAGGGGAAGGACCAGUUCCUGGGGGGUCUGAUCAAGGCCAAGUCGGACCCGUACGGGGUCCUGCAGAUCGGCACCCAGCAGUUCCGGAGCCGCACCAUCAAGGCGAACCUGCACCCAAAGUGGAACCAGGUCUUCGAGGCACUGGUGUACGAGUUCACCGGGCAGUACCUGGAGAUCGAGCUGUUUGAUGAAGACACCGAUAAAGAUGACUACCUGGGCAGCCUCAUGAUGGAUCUCAGUCAGCUACACCAGGAGCAGAAAGUGGACGAGUGGUUCGACCUGGAAGAGGCCCCGACCGGUAAGCUCCACCUGAAGUUGGAGUGGCUCUCCCUGUUCUCCAAUCCAGACAAGAUGGACCAGGUGCUCCGAAGCGUGCGGGCGGACAGAAGCCUGGCCAAUGAGGGACUGUCGUCCGCCCUGCUGAUGGUCUAUCUGGACUCAGCGAAGAACCUCCCAAGUGUGUUCACAGGGAGCCUGCAGGCUAGUGGAGCCCAUGCCGAGCGCAGGGCGUCUGGCCUGGUCUUUACCGAGCCCCAGGCCUCUCAGUCUAGGAAGCUACUCAGCAGCCUGUCAGAUUACAGCCAUGACGGGGCCAAGCAGGUGUCGGUCUUUAAGACCCUGAAGUGUGGUAAGAAGAGCAGCAGCGAACCCAGUCCUUUCGUCCGGUUCUCCGUGGGAACCAAAACGCUGGAAAGCAAGGUCCGCUUCAAGACGCGGGAACCCAUGUGGGAGGAGGCCUUCUCCUUCCUGGUCCACAACCCCAGGAGACAGGAGCUGGAGCUGGAGGUGAAGGACGACAAACACAAGUGCACCAUGGGCAACCUGACGGUGCCUCUGCGGGACCUGCUGCAGGAGCAGCACAUGACCCGCACCCAGAGCUUCCCCCUGAGGAACUCGGGCCCCAGCGCCUGCAUCACGCUGCGCCUGGCCCUCAGGGUCCUGAGUCUGGAGAAGCAGGACCCCUCGGACCGCCCCUCCUCCGUCCAGGUCCGCAAGACCAGCGUCCCCCAGGCGGCGGCCCCGGGCCCCUCCUCCAGCUCCACCCUCUCCGACUCCCCCAGGGCCGCGCCCACCCCCCCGCCUCCUCCCGCCGCCGCCGCCGCCCCUCCGUCCUCGGCCCCACGGCGCGCCCCCUACUCCUCCUCCUCCUCCUCCACCCUGACCCUCCCCCAGCGGGACGGGGAGCCGUACUCCCUGAGCCCCGCCCGCAGCGUCUCGGCGCUCAGCUGUCACCUGGUGUGUGGCGGCGGCGGCGGCGGCUCGCAGCAGCGGCUGGGCCUCGGCGAGUCCAGCGUCAGCCUGGCCUCGGACGCCUCGCUGCCCGGCGCCCACCUGGAGCUGCACAACCGCCUGCGCCUGCUGCACAAUGGGUCUCUGCCUCCAGAGCCCUGUCCCCUGGGAGAGGUCCAGCUGACCCUCAGACACAGCAGCCAGCGCAACAAGCUCAUAGUGGUGGUCCACGCCUGCCGGCACCUCCUGGCGUUCCACCGGGACAGUGCCGACCCGUUCCUCAGACUCUACCUGCUGCCCGACCGCAGCCGGGGCGGCCGCAGGAAGACCUCGGUGAUGAAGAGGACCCUGGACCCCGUCUACGACCAGACGUUUGAGUUCAGUGUGUCCAUGGUGGAGCUCCACAGGAGGUCUCUAGACGUGGCCGUGAAGACCGGAGGCAGAGUUCUGACCAAGCACAAGGGGCUUCUGGGAAAGGUGCUGGUAGAUCUGAGUGGAGAGGAUAUUUCUAAAGGAUGGACACAGUGGUACACUCUGACGGACGGAUUAUCAAAGAGUCCAUCCUUGAAGUAGACAGAAUACGGACACACACACACACAAACACACACAAACACACACACACACGCACACAGGUGAAUCACACAGGGGACACACACUUCUAGGUCGGACCUCCAGUUUGUUCUUCCAGUUUUGUUUCCUCAACCUCAAUUCUUCCAAUGUAAUGUGAUUUUUUUGCUGGGGUGUUUUCUUUGUGUGUGUGUGUGUGUGUGUGCGUGUGCGGGUGUGUGUGUGUGCAUGUGUGUGUGUGUGUGUGUGUGUGUGUGUGCGUGCGUGUGUGUGUGUGCGUGUGUGCGUGUGGCAGUAAAGCCUUUGCAGAGCAUCGACUGCCUUCUUGUUCAUGAGGUGUCCGUUGUUGAAGUGAACAUGUAAACGCUACCACACGUCACUCACACACACGGUUACGUGAAACAAUAUGAUUCUGAAUAUGAUGUUGUUUAACUUCCUCCAGGGUUGUUAUGAACCGUUCUAUACUUCACACGUCCCUGUUGUGUUAUUUCAGAUAUUGUUUGUGAUAUAUUCUGGAAGAUUCUGUGGCCAUGGCAACAGGGUUUUUGACAGCAGAUGCACGUAGCGGUCUGACCUUUGACCUUAUCCUUCCAUUAAUUACACACUAAUUAAUUCUUAUUUACGUGUGGGAUACCGGUCGCUGUUUCUAAGAGAAUGCUCCUCUGGGCAGAGUGAAAACGGGUUUAAAGUAUGUUGUGAUUCAGACUCUGAAGGCUCGCAGAUGCUCUAGAGCUGGGGUUCUAGACUAACUCGAGAUGAACCUAGAGCUGGGGUUCUAGACUGGCUCUGAUAUGCUCUAGAGCUGUGGUUCUAGACUGGCUCUGAGAUGCUCUAGAGCUAUGGUUCUAGACUGGCUCUGAGAUCCUCUAGAGCUGGAGUUCUAGACUGGCUCUACGAUUCUUGUUCAGGAAUGAUUGUUUGAACUAAAGUGAAUGACUUGAAGAGUAUUUAAGCUGACUUGCAUUGCUUUUCUUUGGGGUUUUUUGAGACCGUAUUUUGGGUUUUUGAAAGCGUUAUGUGGCCAUAUCUGUUUUUAAACCAUGCAUUUCUAAGUGUGUUUCAUCUUUUAGGCCUGUCAUGUUUUAUCAUCUACCCUGUGCCUUAAAACUCUGUAUAAUUCUGGCAUUUUGAAAUUAUAACUUUGAAUGAUAAGCACCCCAAGGCUUUUAAAGAAUGAAAUCUCUC